AGGCAUUUGGUGGCCGAUACGGAAAUAGGAAAGCCACAACAGCAACACGUACAACAACAAUGCAAUGUGAAUAGAUACUAUAGCUAUAUAUUGUUUUAUGUGAGAUUUUCUUUUUGCGGUUUUCAGUAUUUUCCUUUCAGCACUUGAUGGGCAGCAGACAGCCGGUGGGGGAAUCUCGGAGAUUGAUGUGCCACAAUGUGGACCAUACAAAUAGUAAGUAACGGUAGUACAGUGCCAAUGAAGCAUAAUAGUCAACCAGCGUUGGGUUGAGUGCAAAGAAAGCGCAUGUGGGAAAUGAGAGAACUCCCUAAUGCGAAGAGCACGUGAGCAUGUUGAGCGCCGAUUCUUUUUCUUCAUAUUGCAAUUUAUUUGAAGGGCGAGUGUUGUGGUUCACAUGCAAUACGGAAGUGCGCUCAUGCGCCCAUUCUAAUAUUACCACGUUCAAUUCACACAUUAAAACAACGGCACAUUCCCGUUGCGCAAUUAGACAAUGACCUUUGUGGAAUUUUUUGUGAGUCACUCGCCAAAACGGCGAAAAGUGGAAAUAUGGAAAGAAAUCUAGUGUUUCGGCUUUUAUUUUUCAUUUUAUAUUUUAUCGAUUUAUGGAUUGUUUUUGGGCCUUAGUCCCGGUUUCAUGUUUAUGUUUCUUGUCUUCUAUGUUUAAUGGCUAAUUAAAGUGAAAUCUUAUCUUUUAGUUAUUAUGCGAUAAGUGUAAAUCUUAUCGGUAAAAUAAAAGCUUGUGAAAUGGUAAUUUUUAAAUCAUUAUUGUUCUUAUUUAUUGAGCUUAGAUUUUAUAUGUCAAUUUGAUUUUUUAUCGGCAUUACAGAAUUUUUUCAAUGAACUUUGUAACUAGGAGACUCACCUUGGUUGUUUUUGGAGCACAUCUACUAGAAGAAAUCCGCUGAAUCUCUUUCUUUCUCUAAUUAUGUUUUUCUCCAAUAAGUACUUGUUAAGACACUUUAGUUUGACAUAUAAAGUAAUGGCCUUUUUGAGUCUUAGAUGUAUGGAAGUAAAAUUGAUGGAUGCUUACAAAAAAAAACAGAGGUUCCAAAUUGACCGAUCUAAAAUCAGACGACCGAAUCUACCAGAAACUUUCUAUAUAUACUGCACAGAAGUAAGAUUAAUUGUCAUUGAGCGUGGGUUUUAUGAAGUUUUAAUUACACGCCAUGGUUUUAAAAAAUGUGAAUAGAAUUUUAGAUUAGUCCAGAAGCUAAAGACAGAUUAAUUUCAAAGAUAUCGAUAUAGAUCAUCCAUUUUUACGAGGAUUCAUUACUAUUUCCGAUUAACAUCUUAAGUAACCAUCAAAGUGGAGCGUAUUAAAUGGCUGACUGUAACUGGGUAGUCCUGGCUCACUCAACGUUACUCCCCGAAGUAUUGUAUUUCUCAUUUGAGAAAGGUUUUUUUUAACAAUCGUCAACUUUUUAGGCAGUCAUCGUCAAGACACCCAUCAUAAACAAAAGGAGAAGCUCGGUACUAAUCUCAUACUUCUUUGAAACCAUCAAGAGGCUGAUCAACACUUUGUGAGCUUUACACCAAUACCAGUUGAACACAUUACUAAAUAUUUACAGUUCUCAGAGUCCUUGAGAGAAAGAAGUAUUUCAAAGGCGUUCAACAUUUGAAACCCUCGUAGGUCAAAUUUAUGUCACUUGAGGCGGUCACUCUGAAUCAUAAUAAUUAAAAAUGGACGGGGUUACAACAAAAAGUAUUAGCAAGAGGUCCAAUAAGUAUUCAUUCGGAUAUCAAAGUAGCAGUUAACCAAAAGUGCUUAACUAAUGUAAUUUUAUCGCUGAGAACUGCGAGAAUGAUUAACUUGCAAGAAAGGGCUCUUCCCGCGCGUUAUUCUGUACUGAGAACGCUUGUGAGUUUCGUUGUUUUUAUGGUUUAUUGUUGGUUAGCUGGGCCUCGCGUUUACGUAAGCCAAAAAAUAGCAUUUGACCAGUCAUAAUAGGCAUCUUCACUGAAGUAUGCUACAGACGGUAGUUUUGCGGUGGAAAACCUGACAGCACUCUUAGGUCGCCCUCUGCUAAAAAAAAAGUAGUCAACAAAGCGUUAGAUUACUCAGCAGUCAGUCUUUCGGCUCUCGAUACUUCGCACUACUAUAAAAAAAGGUAUUUCUGAUAGGAAGUUAAUCGCAAGAAAUUUAGUGCACUUCUGGCAAUUCAAUAGGGUUCGUCUCUCUUAUUAUAGAAAUUACGACUAUCUAUUGCUCGAUUGGCAAACAUUCAAAUUUUGAAAAACGAUCGUCGAAAUUAUGUUAGCACUUUUCUCUUGACUGCCUCGUUUUUACGAUACUAUGGUUCAAUGAUCUUUACUCUCACUCUAUUAGCCAACCAGAGGAGCUGGUUGUAUUUUUGAUAGUUUCAAGACGCUUCGUCGAUUUAGUUUCGGAAGGUUUGAUCCAUCUUCAUGAAUUUAGUGGCAUGACUAUUAUUUAUAUAUUAUGGCAAGUUGGGACUGAACAAGAUAUUGUGAAAACGAGAAUCGUAGUAUAUUCUAACCUAACCAUAUUGGAACACAAUUUUUUGAAAAGUUCGUAAAAUAAUUGAUAAAUUCUAUACAAAUAUGACGGUGGAUCAAAUAUUGAGUUCUGUAGUAGUUCAUAUACCCCUUACUAGGUCUCUAUACCUUUCCUGCAGUAAGUACAUAUUCACGGAUUGAGAUGUAAUUUAAACCAAAGAAUAUAAAAAUGUCUUAAAUACCAGUGAUCAAUGAUAAACAAAAUUCCAUUAAAUAGUUGAGUACUAUUUACAUACAUACAUAUGCACGUAUUUACUAAACAUUCAAUAUGCGCACAUCCAAACAACAAAUUUCAAUAUUUUACAAGCAAUGAAAGAUCACUAUCGCUCUUUUGACGCCUACUAAAAUUGAUGUCUUUAUUUAUACGGUGCGGUGCUUUUAUUCGAGAAUAAUCUGUGAAAAUGUCUGUAUGUAUGUUUGUUUUGUAUUCAGUUUAUGUAGCUUUGUAGUGCCAAAAAUAAAUUUUGGCUAGAGAGCGGUGAGCGCGUAGAAUUUUUAGAAGUAUGUAGCUCCUUUAAUAGCUUUCAUUAUGGAAUGCAAUUUCUUUGCUCUAACUCAAUUUUCGUGCGAGAAAGCAUUAAAUAUUAUAAAAGCAUUGUACUUUUUAAUUAAAUAUCUCCGAUUUGCUACGUUUAUAGCACAACAAAACGAGCGGGCAGCCGAUUUACUAAGCUUCAUUAACUCACGCUCUUCACGCGCUCUCUCGUCAUUCCACUCGAUCGCGUGGCGCGCUCUCAGCAGGAACGCACUUUUUUUUAGAAAACACAAAACGAACACCUUGCUUGCUCACUGAAUCGAAUUAUUGUCCAAUUUGUGCUGACUUAGUUGCUAGUAUUUUGUCACAACUAAAUAUAUGAAUGUAUGUACCUUUCGGUACACAUGUGUGUGUAGGUAUGUUAGCGAUCCCUCCGACACCACGUAAUGACUAAAAUCGCAAACAAAUCGCCUAUUGUUGUUAGUGUUAUGAGCUCGUAUGAUCGUCAGCUUGAUGAUCACAAAACAACAAUAAUUACCUUUUGUUGUUGUUUAUUUUUAAAAUUUUUUCCUUUGUUGUAAGUUUGUAUAUACCAUAUGUUCGUAUAUGUUCGUAUGUGGACUUUCGUCGUUCGCCGUUUUUGCCAAUUUGCCAUUUGACGUUUAAAUAUUUAGUCUGUCCGGCUUUCUUGUGUUGUGCUCUCAUCGCCGUCUAUCGGAACCCACGUUCGAAUCUAUUUAUAAAUCUGAUGUGUGUAGCUUCGCUACGAGUAAUGUGGUCAACAUUUCAAAUGCUUGCACUAAUACAAUUCACUACAUACAUACAUAUGUAUAUACAAAUAAUUUUAAUGCGAAAACGUCAAUUCAGUUGUUCUGUCCGUUUCAAGCUUCGACCGGCUGACGGAGAUGCAGCUCUCAUGUACUGGUUCCCACAGCAAACAACCGUUGCGCGAUCUAUUAGCAGAAUGUGUCGGAUAUCGGCUGAUGGGAAGCUAGCGGUUCGCUUAGUUUUAAUUGUUUUUAUGAAAUAUAUCUACAUAUGACACAAAUAUGAAAGUAGAUCCCAGCACAAUAGUACAACAACGGCAUUGUAAUUCUUUUCGAAAUAGUAAAUUACUCCCUAAGUGAAGGUUAUGGUUAAAGGUGAAGUUAGGUAUUUACUACUGUCAUUCGGCGAUCAGUCCAGUCCUAGAGCCAGAGAAUGAGCUAUUUAGGUCUUAACAGCCCAGUUGAAAACUUUUUUUUCUACCUUUAGCUUCGUUUAUUUCCUAUAUGGUCAGUAAAAAUCCAAAAUCUUAAAGAAUACAGUAGUCCCCCCAACAAUCUGAUUGGAACAAUAAAUCUUCGACAAAUGGUCAAAAUCUUCGCAUGUGACUCGAAGUUAAGUCUUCAAGUCGAUAUCUUGGUGUAUAUUUUUACUUCGCACUCUUUACGCUUAGGUAUUUUUUAGCUACCUUCUGUAGGUAUCGUAUAACAUUGCAAAACUCAAAGUUCGCUACCCUCUAACGCCAAGAGAUUCGCGGAAUUUUAAUUAGCCUAAUUACAUAAUAAAGUUCAUAGUUCUAAUAUUACCAUCUAUUAAGGCACUCACUACCAGUGAUAGCGCGAAAUGUGAUCCAAGUGAUUGUGAGUAUGAUUAUCUCAGAGGAAAGCACCAGCAGUGCAAAGAACGCACCCUCUAGUAAGUUCUAGUGGGUGAAUCUCUCUUCAAUUCUCAAUUAUUGCAUUUGAGAUUGCAAAUGCAAAUGAAUCCAUACUGGUUUGUUUCAUCAUUUUCUCUCAGACGAUCUGACCUGAUGUACAGCCUUAAGGGAAAAUUGUUUUAGAAAAUCUACGUACAAAGUUUACUGGCUUGGUACUACUUGAUUUCAAUAUUCGCCAGUUGUGGGGAAAUGUUUUAAAACUUGUGGGGCAAACCAAUUAUAACAUCUUUGGGUUUUAUAAAUUAUGAUCAAAUAACGGUUGUUAACCUACAACAAGGUGAAGUUCCAACUCAAAAUUCUAUAUGAAAUCGGAGCCGAGAGGGUAUGAAGAAACGUUUUUAUGCCAAAAGCGAUAUUUACCGGUAUUCUAUAACUACCAGUCGAAUUUCUUCUACAUUUCCGGCUAACAUUCCACUGUGCAACUGUGUCAGCACACAAACUGCGCUUGAUUCUACUCUCUGCUCAAUACUGUCGCGCUCACAACAUAACCUCAACGCGCUCUAUAGCAACCUUCGUACCAACUUGGCGCAAACGUACAAAUAAACUUUUGUAUGAGGAGAAAGUGCACAAUAGGUUAAAAUAGAGAAAGAGAGAGAGUGAGAGAGGCGAGUGAUACAUACAAACACACGCACGUUCAAAAUGCUUGUGGGGAGCAUGUUGGGGAUGAGCGCGAACGGAGCGUGUGUGCUGUUGGCAGAAGCGUGAGUUUUGACAUUAUUAGCGACUAGUUGGCAAUAAGGUAACAGUUGGAAAUCUCCGAUGCGAACAGUCUAAAACUAACAACGAAGCGAUUAAGUACGGCGGAAGCAAAAACAAAAAUUAAAUACAUAUUUAUAUUGUUGUUGUCAUUUUGUAAAGAAGUGAAUAGCAGACGGCGCCAAAGCAACAAGAAAAGUGUUAACAAAAUCUACAAAAAUCUAGAAAAUUCUAAAAAAGCACGAUAAAUUGAUCAACAAACACAAACAAAAAAGUGAACAAAAACAGCAAAACACAGUUUUGGAACGACAAGAGCAAUAACACUCGGUUAACCGCAACAUUUACGCAAAAAAUCGAAAGUGAGAAAUCAAUAAAAGUAAGCAACAACAACGAAAUUAACGCAGCGACUACAAGCCAGUCAAUUAAGUGUCAAAAAGAAGCUAACAAAAACAAAAACGUUUUAACUGCAACGCGCGUCAAUUGUCACAAAAGUAACAACAAUGCGCCCAACCGUAUUGUCGACAGCGAAUGCUAACGCCGCGGCAGGUGUUGGUGGUGGCGGCGGCGGUGUUGCCGGCAACACCAACAGCAACGGCAUCAAUAUACCCAUACGCCACGACUACGGCAACGUCGCCGGCAGCGGUGGCGCACACCCGCAAGCCGCCGGCUACUAUGCGGACGCCAAUGCCGGCGCGUACGGUUCACCGCGCCAGCAGCAACAACAAUCGCCACAACAACAGCCGUACCAUCAUCAGCAACAGCAAGCGCCACAAACGGCGCAACAACAACAGCAUCCACACCAGCAAAUGCCGCAACAUUUUCAGCAGGGCUUUGGUUUCGAACCGGACAUGGACAUGGAUAUGGAUAUGGACAUGUUUCCACGCAGUCGCUUGGGCCGCAUGCAUGACCCAUUUAGUGGCUUUAACAAUUCACAUUUUGGUUUUCCUCAAUUCAACUCGCUCGGUCGUCGCCGUGCUGCCGAUCACAUGGGCCGUGACGAUGACUUCUUCAAUCGCCUGCCUUCGGAAUUCCGUCAAUAUAUACCAGACGGUUUUGGUCACAGACGUGACGAAAGCGCCACAUUGCCACGCCGACACAGCUCUCAACAACAAGUGCCAGUACAAGGUGGAGGACCCACCUACUACCAAUCAUACGUACCCACUUCACCACCCAAUGGUGCUGGCAUACCACAGUCGCCUUCGAAGAAACUCUGCGAUGCCGCCAUACAAACAGAAGAUCCCACUGUCCGCAUGUCUGGCGAUCAGGUAGACAGUGCUGCACCACAGUUGCAUAGCGAUAAUUUACAGCAACAUGGUCUACGCAAUACAGUCGAUAUGGGUGUGAAGUCAGCUCUUGAGUCGGAACAGGGUAUACGCGCUCAUUCGGCGCCACCACAAGAACAACAACAGCCAGUGAAUGGCAAACGCCAGACCCCGCCACCACAGGCCGGACACUCACAGUUCGGCACGCAGACUAGUCCACAUGUGCAGGCUGGCGUCAAUGCUGGCCAGCAACCGCAGUACCAUAAGGCCUAUUACCCGCCACAACAGCAACCGCACCCAGAGCAACGACAACAGACACCACCACCACCACAAACUCCGGGUGGCAGCUAUGUGCGUACCAUACCAAUCUUUGUAGAGGGUCGUUCCGAACCGAUCAUUAACGCGCACAAGGAAAUUCCAAAUCAAAAUAGCGCGCCCGGUCAGGCACAAGCUUCUGCUAGUGCAUCAGCUAGAGCAUUUGUGCCGCCACAACAACAGCAACAACAACACCAACCACAACCACAGCACCAACAACAGCCGCAACAUCAACAACACCGUCCAACUCCACUAAAUACUCAGCAGCAGCCACCUCAACAGGGUGCCGGGCUACAAGGUGCAGCCGCCGGUGGCAUGCCACCACAAACUCCACACACGCUGGACUCAAUCAGCAAAAUCCAAGACAUUCAACGUGAUGUACUAGAUCUCAUGGGGAAAGUGGAGAAGUUCACUGGCACACGUCAAGAUAAGGAGUACGUCUAUCUUGACGAGAUGUUGACACGCAACCUACUUAAGUUGGACACAAUCGAUACGAAUGGAAAGGACAGCAUACGUCUAGCGCGUAAGGAGGCCAUCAAAUGCAUACAGGCAUCUAUCAAUGUGCUAGAGGCGAAAGCGAACGAGAACACUAAGGCCGCACAACAGGCCGCAGAAGGCGGCGAACCGGCUGAACAGUCCGCGUCGAGCAAUGCCACUGUACCAAUGCAAACCGAUGAGGCUGCGACGCGCAAGAGCGCUUCAAAAGAGAAAGUUGUAGCGGUCGCAACUGAAGCUGCAGAGACGCCUGCCGUCGAGCCGGAACCGGCUGAUGCGAAACAAAUUCAAUCCCCCAUACCGUUGCCACCGCCAGAGGGCAUGCAAGUCGAACAGUCAGCAAGCGCUAGUAAUGUGAAGAGUGUAGAGGCUGCCGAGGCGAGCAGCAAAGAAGCAGUGGCCAGUAGCGAUGUUCCGGCUGCGGAAACCGCCGCAACCGAAUUGUCAUCAAAGGCUGAGGCGGAGUCGAGCAAAUGAUGAUUGCAACAGCGCAGCUCAUCAGGCGCCGUGAGCUCUUCUUCCUACUCAGCCACAUUUUCAAAGCGUUUACAUAGCAUCACCAAACGAAAGUCCUAAAAAAACUUAGUUUCAUACAUCUAAAUAAAUGUAAAAUUCGUUGUGUUAGAAAUUUAACGAAAAUUUAAGAAAAAAAAUAUAUACUUAUAUACGUUUUUAUUUUAUGCCACAAAUUAUUUUAGAAAAUGUUGAAAGGAAUGCUGCGCAGUGCUUUAGAAAAAAAAAGAUAUUUUUCGUAAAUUUAAGUGAGAAGAUGUUUAACGAAAGCAAGUGUACCGCACGAGUCCUGCUUCUUCACCGAUUAGCGAGGUGAGCGACUAGACAGGCACUGCGUUUUUUGGACAAAAAAUAAUAUUAAUAAAUAGGAAUACAAAUAUUUAAAAUAUAUGUCUUUUUUUGUUUUUUCACAAUAUUCUGGUUAUAAUUUAAGGUUCAAAUUAAGGUCUUAAGGUAAAAAAUAUACAUUUUGUGGUUUGAUUUCUAUCAUAUGACAGAUGAUUCGAUUUUUUUGUUAUCGAAAAUCGCUUGUUCUUAUUUAAUUUUCGGCGAUAAAAGUGAUUAAGUUUUUUCCGAAGUAAAUCUAGAAAUUAUAUAUUUUUUGACGAACCAAAACACAAUAAUUCUAGAAUAAUGAUUGAGUGACAAAAAUCUAGAAAAUAGUUUCAGAAUUAUAAAUUUUUUCUAAUCGAAAAUGUAAUAAAAUAUUUCGAUCAAAUAUAAUACAAAAUGGAUUUGAGAAGAUUUAUCACAUUAGAGAUAUUGCAAGUCAUGAUAAAUAAAAGUACUAUAACGCUACUUUCACUAUAUAAUGAAUAUUUUUAAAAUCAUAUAGAGUUUUUAAAGCGGAAAUUUUUGUGGCAAACAAAAAAUAUGAACAGUUAAUGAUCAGAAAUCAAUUUAUAAAAACAAACCGAGAUAACAAUAUAUACAUAAUUAAAUGUCGAUUAUUUAAAAAGGUAACUAUUUAUUUAAAAAUCUUAAACAAAUUAGUAAAAAAAUCGAAAAAAUAAAUAUUUUCUUAAAUAAAAUCACUGAUCAUCAUAGUCGAAAU